AUGCUUGCUGCUGCUAAGAAGCAAACAAUUAGUAAGAAGGAGUGGCAGCAGCAGCAACAGCAGCAAAUGAAGCAGCAGGAGCAGCAACUGAAGCUGCAGCAGCCACUGAAGCAGCAGCAGCAGCCACUGAAGCAGCAGCAGCAGCCACUGAAGCAGCAGCAGCAGCCACUGAAGCAGCAGCAGCAGCAACUGAAGCAGCAGCAGCGGCUGAAGCUGCAGCAACUGAAGCAGCAGCUGCAGCACUUGGGAGCAGCAGCGGCUGCUUCCGAUGCUGCCAACGUUGCAGCAGCUGCUACUGCAGCAGCAGCAGCUGCUGCUGCACCGAACCUUAAACACUAG